AUGCUCUCCACUCUGUCCUCUAUCCACCUCACCUACACUCUGCUCUCUGUCCACUUCCCCUCUCAUCUGCUCUCUGUCCACUUCCCCUCUCAUCUGCUCUCUGUCCACUUCCCCUCCCAUCUGCUCUCUAUCCACUUCCCCUCUCAUCUGCUCUCAGUCCACUUCCCCUCUUAUCUGCUCUCUGUCCACUUCCCCUCUCAUCUGCUCUCUAUCCACUUCCCCUCCCAUCUGCUCUCUAUCCACUUCCACUGUCAUCUGCUCUCUAUCCACUUCCCCUCUCAUCUGCUCUCUAUCCACUUCCCCUCCCAUCUGCUCUCUAUCCACUUCCACUGUCAUCUGCUCUCAGUCGGCUUCCCCUCUUAUCUGCUCUCUGUCCACUUCCCCUCUCAUCUGCUCCCCAUCCACUUCCCCUGUCAUCUGUUCUCCAUCCACUACCCCUGUCCUCUGCUCUCGAUCCACUUCCCCUCCCAUCUGCACUCUAUCCACUUCCAGUCAUCCGCUCGCUGUCAACUUCUCAUCUCAUCUACUCUCUCUCCACUUCCCUCUCAUCUGCUCUCUAUCCACUUUUCUGUCCUCUAUUCUCUAUCCACUUCCCCUCUCAUCUGCUCUCCAUCCACUUCCCUGCCCUCUGCUCUCAACCCGCUCCCUCUGCACUCUGCUCCUCAUCCACUUCCCCUGUCCUCUGCUCGCCAUCCACACCCAUUGCCCCUGCUCCCCACCCCUUCCACAGUAACCCGUUCCCUAACUAUUCCCCUUUCGUCCAUCCUUCGCCGCUGCCUAAAGUUCUCCACGCUCCCUUUGCCCCCUGUUCUCCUCCACUGCUCCUUCCCCUACCCCCGCUGUUCAGCCCCUCCCCCAACGUGA